CGUAUUUUGCUUCUCUUCGCCGCUGCUCUUCUCCCACGCCCCAACUCCAAAGCUUGCAUUUUUCCCCUCUUUACUCUAAGCUCCGUCGACCCCUCGCCGCCGAUUCCGCCCCCAUCUCGAGCCGUUGUAGCUCCUAAUCUCCGAUUGCGACCAUGAUGCUCGAUCUUACCAGUUUUCUCGAGAGGAAGUUACAGUAGUUGGAUCAUAUCAAAGCGUUCAAGUUCUCACCAUUAAGUUAAAGGUUCAUCCUUUUUGCAUUGUAAUUUGUUUAGAAGCUGCUGACUAGUUAAACAGCAUGGGUGAAUCGUUUACCAUUCAGAUUAGCAGUAACUUAGUGAAACAGCUUGCUGAUGAUGGUGAGAAAUUGAAGAAAAGAUCGAAGAAGCCUAAACCCAAGACACCUCCCAAAGGAACUCACGCUUCCCAAGCAAAUGCACAGCAGAAGCCUUUUUCUGAAGAUCCUGAUAUGCUCAAGGGGCGUGCUCCUACAGGAUGGCCGCUUCAGCCGGCUUUGUUUGCGCCAGUUCCUCCACAGCAACCUGCAUUUGCGGAGUUAGAUGCCAUCCGGUCUGUCCUUCAAGAUAGCGAGAAGGUCUUGGUGAGGCUGCAAAAGCAGGAGGAAAACAUGUUGCAGGAAGUAACGCAGAGAGCAAAGGAUCUCCAUGAGAAGGAAUUCAAACUACCCGAACACAAGCCAAUCCCGUGCUUGGAGGAGAGAGAUGCCUGCGCAAAAUGCUACAAGGAAAAUGAGCAGAAUCCCCUGAAAUGCGCCAAUGCAGUUCAAAGUUUUGCAGACUGUGCACGAAGAGUUAAGCAGCUGUUAAGCGCAGCAGAUAAGUAGAGGUGUUCCCUUGACCGAAGUUUUAGUUCAUAUACACUAGCGCAAAUUGAUCGCCGGGUCGGUGAAUUUGGGAUAUUUUCCAUGGUGAAAAUAAAAUGAAUUGUCAAAUUGGUUACCCAUUCUGGGGUAGAAUUUGAAGCUCUUGUUCUUUAAUGGUGAUACAUCCUCAUUUUGCUUGGUUUACAUGUGAAAUGCUUCCAAGUUAUGGAUGUUGUAUUUGGUUGACAUAAAUUUUUCAGUACAACUUACAUGGUAGUUUUUUCAUGAUUUACAGCAAGAGAAUCCUUGCAUGUAUUAGCAUGUGAUCUCCCUUAUGUUUUUCUGUAUGUAUACACCUUUGUUUUUUGGUU